CAACUUGAACAAAGAUCAUGACGCGGCACUAGCGUCCAGCAUUUCCAUGCCAGCAUACGCAACUCAAGAACAGUGCCUCGAAGAGAAGUGCCAUGAAUCAUGAACGAGCCGACAUAUUCAUUCACCGUCCCUUCGAUCCACGAUGACACAAGUCUCGACUGCAGGAUAUAUCACCCAAAAGACGUAUUCAGCAUUCUUCAAUCCAGUGAAGCGCGUUUGAGAGGCGCAAUCGUUGCCCACCCGUAUGCACCCUUAGGUGGAUGCUACGAUGAUGAGACUGUGCUUUCGGUCACAGAAUGUCUCUUGAAGCAAGGCUACGUGGUGCUUACUUUCAACUUCAGGGGAGCAGGCGGUUCUGCUGGCAAGACAUCCUGGACUGGCAAACCGGAAGUGGAUGAUUACAGUACCGUGAUUGGGCUAGCAGUGUACUAUCUGCAAAAUUUGAAACGCGACGUCGAGACGGACAAUGGAUCAAAACUUCCCAUUGACCUUCUACUCGCAGGAUACUCCUUUGGCUCAUUAAUCCUGGCCCGACUCCCAUCUGUGCCCAUUAUCCUCCAGAGAUUCGAAAGCGCCGAGAAAGGCACAGCAGCAUCAGAGAUCUUCUUGCGAGCACGAACUCUGGCCAAACAGACUCGACAAGCCUCACAGGAGUCGCGAGCCACAAAGGAUCGUGAUGAGGAUCGCACCGAUGGUGCCUCACGUACCAGAUCGCUGCGAAGCGCGCUGGUGAACAUCGGUGGCGAAGAGAGUAGCAGCUCAGAACGGCGAAGAAGCCGAGACUCAAGACGAAGCGCAGAGAUCAUAAGCGAAGUGCCGCACCAGAUCAAGUCGCAUAUCAAGCGGCAUUCACGUCACCAGCAUAACUUAGACGAUACCAAUAUCGAGGCCGGCGAUCAUCCCAUCGCUGUCCAGUAUCUCCUCAUUUCGCCGGUCUUGGUGCCGCUCACAACCAGUUUGCUCUCACCAGGAAUCCCCUUCACAUCCGGCACAGCGACAGAUCAGCAGGACGCCGGGACGCUGUCUUUGAAAUGGCCCACUCUCAUCACAUUUGGAAGUUCAGAUACAUUUACAUCAAGCAAAAAGCUCAGAAUGUGGUCGGAAAAGCUGGCAGAGCAGUCGUUGGGCAGGCUUGAAUGGACGGAAAUUUCAGGUGCAGGUCACUUCUGGCGCGAGAAAGGAGUUAUGCGUGCUUUGCAGGAGGAUAUUAUCUCGUGGCUGAACAAGCCAUGAAUAUGCCAUUUCCUAC